CUCCCCCUCUCUCUUCUACAACAAACAACACAUUCUCUCUCUCUCUUCCAAGACAUAUCACACGUGUGAGCACUCCCGCACGUGAGCUAAAAAAGCGCAAGGGGAUGAGGUGGAGGGUAGUGCAGAUGAGGAGGAGAAAGAGAGUGGUGGUGAAUUCGAGAGCGGCGGAGGAGAGGAAGCUCGUGAAGCGUCUCCGGCGGAUGGUUUCUCCGCCGGAGAAUUUUUCCGGCGACGUUGAUACUGAGACGCUUUUCCGGCGUACGGCCGAUCACAUUUCCCUUCUUCAAGCUAAACUCUGUCUCCUCCGCCGUAUCUCCUCCAUCUGCGGUCUCUGAAACUCACACACACUUGCUUCUCUCUCUCUAUCUUUCUCUCUCUCUCUCUCUCUAUAUAUAUAUAUAUAUAUUAGCCAUAUGUAAUACCUGUGAUGUGAUUAUGGCAUGGAUACCCGUAAUUAAUUAAGGGCGUGCACGCGAAUAUCUGUCUUCUUAGUUCUUACUGCCUAGCUAGACGUGGUACGUCAACGAAGCACCAAAAAAAAAAUCGUAUUUGUAACGUGAUAGAUCAAUCUAUUGCAAUGGUUGGUUGCAAGGUUCGGGUUAUUAUGAAAACAUUGUAUAUAUCGUGAAUAUAUUUCAUUAGCUGUUACGGUCAAUAAGUAUAGGAGUUGAUAUUUACCGAUAUAAUGCUAUAUAUAGAAGCAAUCAUAAUUAUUCAGCGUUUUUUUUACGGCGAGUUCUA